CUUCUAUAAUGGGACACUCCCCACUAACAGAGCCACACACUGAUGGAGACACCUCUUGAGAAGGCCCUGACCACUAUGGUCACCACUUUCCACAAAUAUUCGGGGAGAGAAGGCAGCAAACUGACCCUGAGCAGGAAGGAACUCAAGGAGCUGAUCAAGAAGGAGCUGUGUCUUGGAGAGAAGAUGAAGGAGAGCAGCAUUGAUGACCUGAUGAAGAGCUUGGACAAGAACCGUGACCAGGAGAUCGACUUCAAGGAGUACUCAGUGUUCCUGACCACUCUGUGCAUGGCCUACAAUGACUUCUUCCUGGAGGACAGCAAGUGACCAGAGCUCAGCCCCUUGCCCGUGGCCUCUGUAGCUCCUCUCACAGACCCUCUGUGGACCCUUGCCCUCCUCUCCCUUCCGGACAGACCCUGCUUCGGCCUUCCCUUCUGGCAGGGGAAAUAAAAAUGUUUGAUUCCA